GUGGCCAACAGUGAGGACCCGACGCCCGACCACAAGAAGUUGCAGAGCAAACGACGGGUGAUAUUGAGUGACAUUACGCUGAAGAUCAGACACGAGGACCACUUCCACAACAGUCGACUCAAUUAUCUGGAGGCCAUCGAUCACCGGCUGAUCCAACACUGGAUCGACACACUAUGCGUCGACGUCGAGAGCGGAUCCAAGGCCUACGACCGCCGGUGCCGUAAGAUUAAGGCCAUCGCCGAGAUCUACAACAAGAUACUGGAGAAGACAUACCACGUGCCCACUCGACUCCGGGACUAUCACGUCAGGGAACUGCUUGAGGUCGACGUCGACCGCGAGAUCGCCGAACAGAUCCGCUACUUAUAUGACUUGGAGUUCAAACGUUGGGCCGAAAAGCACAAGAGGAAGGAAAUUGUGUUUCACAAUAAGGUUAGACUCGACGAGAAAAACAGUGGCCACUCGUCCCGAAUCGGUCUCUUCGACGCCAACAAUGAGCUGAUGUACGGCUUAUGGCAUAACACACUCUUCACACGCAUAAAGCCGUCGGCGCGCCGGCAAUACAUCACCAGAACUCGUCUCCGGGCGGCCGCUCUGUUCGGCCAGAAACUGGUCAUCGAUUUUGGUUACGAAGAGUACUUGAAUGGCAUUGCGGCCAAACAGGUGAUGACCUUUUUGGCCAAACUCUAUGAAUUCAAUAAAUAUCAUUUGACCGAUAGCUAUGAUCUGACGUUUUGCAAUCUGAACCCAAACGGCCCGAUGUCUGUGGCGCUCAACAACUACUUCGUUGGCCACCCUCUGCACGAGUACUACAUCCAGACCACUGCCGACUCGUAUCUAAAUCAUUACGAUUACGACAAACUCUGCUAUAUCUGUCCGCAGGCCGACGAACCGUUGACCAGCUAUGACAACGACACCGUAUAUAUACUGCCGGCCGUAUGCCAUCACCGACUGGAUCCGCCGCUGUCUAUGACUCGUGUGAAACUGGAAGGCAUUCCUAUGAAGCGGAUCCCAGUGGAAGAGUACGGCUCGUUUCGGGACGGCUUUCACCUGGAAAUGGCCGAACAUCUGGAGAUAUUGUCUCACUUUCGGGACAACAACGACAUGACUAAAGCGAUGGCCUAUUAUUUGCCGCAAAGCGUGUGGAGAGACGAGCGGCAAGUGUUGACCGAAGACCAGGAAGCGAUCAAAAGGAUGUUUUACAUGAAAAAGAUUGGUUCGCAACGAAAGCUCAAGAUUUAUCGCUCCGUCGACGACAAGGUUUAGUGUUAUUUAUG